AUGAGCUCCCAGGAGCCGGAUCUAGGCAACGAUGACGACGCUGAGUACGAGGAGGUGGUCGAGGAACUGGAGGUGGAGGAGGAGGAGUCGUACCUCAGUGGAUCCUACGACGAGGAAGAAGAAGAAGAAGAUGUGACGGAUGACGAUGAUGGAGACGAACAGGAGAAUCUCCUUUCCUUUGCAACAUUCCCGCUAGAUGGGCUGCGUGGGCAACACAUCAUGGUUGUGGCCGCGUUUAACCGCUUCAUUGUCGUCGGCACCAACCGUGGCCUGGUGACGCUGACGGAGGCAACAGGAAUUGUGUUCCGAACGCUCAACAAGCACGUCGACCCCAUCAGUGAUGUGAGCUGCGAUAUGAGCGAGGAACACGUAGGGUCCUCGGACAAGGCUGGUGUGGUUACUGUACAGAACCUGUAUGACGAGCGCGACUCCUACAGGAAGGAAUUUGAUGUGCCAACCCAGUCCAUAGCGCUCCACCCACGGUACAGCCGAAACGAAGAUCGCCCCAUCGUUGUGGGUGGUGGUGAUAAAGUCAUGCUCAUCACUAAGACAAUGUUCCUUGGCCACCGCAAGGCCACUGUGCUGCAGGAACGACGUGGGAAGGUGCACGUGGUACGCUGGUGCGGCCCCGAUCUCAUUGCGUGGGCGAACGAUCGUGGAGUGCAGCUGUACAGCUACACUUCAAGGGCGAUGGUACAGCUCGUGCCACGGCCGGCAGACUCACCUAGACUGGAGCUAUACCGCUGCUCGCUCAUUUGGGAGGCACCCCGCACGCUUAUCUGCGGCUGGGGAGACUGGGUGCAGGUGAUGCAUGUGCACGAGCUGCGGAUGGAAGAGCGGUUGCGGUGGGGCACGGAAUUUUUGACUCGCACCCACCGUGUGGAUGUUAUGCCAGCCAUUCGGACGCAUUCAACACGAGAGCCGUGCCGUGUUUGCGGUAUUGCGCCGUUUGGUGCAGAUCGAUACUUUUUGCUAGUCUGCACUAUUGAGCAGGAGGGGCACAUGAAGGAGCUGGAGGUGCGCAUCGUGGAGCGGGUAUCGUUUGCCGAUGUGUAUCGGGGCCGGCUACAGACCAAGUACAAACACCCGCUGCAAUUUAGUUUGGCCUUCUCGGGUGGAGGCACAGGGGGUAGGGAAGGAGCAACCGCGGUGACUGAAACAGCAGCAGCAGCAGCAGCAGCGCCUCCGCUACUCCCGUUGCCGUCAUCAUCAUCAUCAGCAUCACCGCUGGAUGUUCUGUCGGGGUCUGCUUACUUUAUUGUAUGCGUGGACACCGUCGUCAAGGCGAUACCCAUUAGUAAUGACGACCAUGUGGAGUAUCUUAUUCAAAUGGAUCGCUUCGAGGAGGCCUACGAGUAUGCUGGCCGAUAUCCGCUCCGUCGGCUUCAAUUGGCGAAUAUCGGUAAAGGCCUCCUGCAGCAUCUCUUUGCAGGACAAAAGUACAAAGAUGUGGUGUCUCUCCUGACAGAGAUCCUUGGUAGUGACUACGCAGAGUGGGAAAGAUGGAUAUGCCAGUUUGACCAACACGGUGUGUCGGACAUGCUUGUGAAUGUGCUUCCCCCAAGCUACAAGAGUAAUGCAAAGGACGGUGACAGUUCUCAAGGGAGGACAGAUUCCAGAAUUGGCGAGGAAUACUAUGAGCUUGUGCUUUUCCGCUGCUUGGAAAAGGAUGUGCUCUCCUUUUCUGUGGCUGUGCAUAAAUUCAAGGGUUUGUUUCGUUGUGAUGUUGUGUGCCGCGCUGUUGAGUUGAGGUACAAUAACUGGAAGUUGCAUGGGCAAUCUAGUGGUAUAUCUGAUGAACAAUUAACGGCACUUGGCGAUGCGUAUGGUCUUCUGCUGCGGCUAAAUGGCCAGUAUGAUGAGGCGCUUCAGGUUCUGUUGCAGGUGGAUCAGAGCGGUGGGCUUUUCGAAUUCGUCCGUGAAAAGGGAUUAUUUGCGAAGGCUAUUGAGAUACUGCCCGAGUUGUUCACCAGAAAUGAGGAUAAGACGAUUGAACUUCUUCUCGAGUAUCGGGAAACGAUGCGCCACGCCACAGGCAAGAGUGACGCAGAGGAUGUAUCAUCGUCGACACAAUCAUCUCUGGCCCCAGCAGCCGUUGUACAACGACUGGAGAAGACGGAACGCCGGUACUUGUGGGCGUAUCUGAAGGCUUUGCAGACACGCGACAGGGCGGCCCACGCGGCGGUGUCGCGGUCACGCGCGCAACUUGUCGCCGCACUCUUUAUUGAGAAUGAGCCCUCAGGUUUACUCGCAUUUUUGCGCGAGAACUCGACGCACCUGCCCAAUCUGAAGGAGAUAUAUGCGCUGUGCAAGAAGCACCAGUUGCUCGAAGAGACAGUCUUUCUGCUCGCGCGAAUGGGAAAAGAGGAAGAGGGUCUGCGCAUUAUUGUGCAAGACAUGAAGAGCAUGAAAAAGGCCCUGCAGUAUAUUGCCGACAUACCUAGUGAGGAGGAUCAGCGUGAUCUAUUCGACAAGCUUCUGCACAUGUGCCUCGAGGUGAACGCCGCGCUGCCAAGCUACGGAGGGCAGAGGUACUUCGAGUACCGCCCAACGGAAGGAGAGACGUGGUCCAGCAUCGCCAAGAAGUACGAAGUCGAUGAAGAGGAACUGUGUUUGGCAAACACCACAUGGAAGACAGCAGCCAACAAGAGCAAUAAGAACACCAGCAGCAGUGGUAGCCAUGUGGUUUCACCAAGCGGUACCUGCGUCGUGCCGCUAAAUCUAAUUCAGGCAUUGCUCCAUGCCGUCGUGGAUCCGUCGAUCAGCGGACAUGCUGCACUGAACGCUCUGCACGUAGUGGAACUUUUGCCGGAGGGUGAGCCUAUACCACAUGUGGCCAGCUGCAUCGCCGCUGUGGCAUGCAGUAAGGCCAAUGAUGUGCGACUCAUGGCAGCUGUUGCUGAUGUGGCGGCAACCGACUUGGAGAAGCAGUACGGCACAUUAUAUCGGCGUCAGAUAGCCGCAAUUCGUGUGAGCCCGGGCGUGUCGCUUUGCCCCUUUUGUCUCCGACAGACUUUUGGAAGCUCUGUGGUAUUUGGCUGCUCCCACGUCUACCACGCCAGCUGUGUGAUUACCUACCUUGCCGGUGAGGACGCCCUGCUUGUCCAGCCGUCUGAAGUCGAUAUCAGUCACUUCUUCAGGCGGCCGGAGGAUUACUUGAGACCGGAAAAACAGCGCACCUCACCCCGCUGUUUUGUUUGCUACCAAGUACGCGAGGGAGUAAAGUAG